CUCACACCGUACGUAUAGAAUUGAUUCUGUUAAUACCCCACCUGCCAAAAGGUAAGCUCUUAGGCUAGGAGGUAGCUGGUAGGUCACUUUAUAGCUUAUCGGAACCCUGAAUUUUCUUCGUUACCCCACCAUACCUACCCCCCUAUCUCGACGAGCUACACGAGGGCAUACCUGCUACAUCGAAAGAGCCUAUCCUUAGGUACUUUUUUAUAGGUAGAUCUAUAUCCAAUAACGACCAUGUCAGAAAAGAACGACAGCAUCGACGCGCGCAUACCGGCCUCGUGCCCGCCGUCUAUUUCUCAGAUCCUAUACCACGCCUGGCACCACGACAUCGCGGGGAUCAAGCCCCUACUGAACGUGCCCGGCCGCGCGAGCGUCCAAGAACCCAAGACGGGCGAAACACCUCUACACGCUGCGAUCCGCGCCUGUGCGCCUACAAACCGGGGCGCGCUAAGCGACGACGCGGACGACGUCGAGGAGCAUGCUAAGACUGUCGUGCACGAGCUGUUCAUGAGCGGCGCCAUCUGGAACGAUGUAGACGACAACGACGAGACGCCGGGGUGCGUGGCCGCGCGCCUCGGGCUUAAAGACUUGUAUACUCUCUGCGUCGAGGCCGGCGUGCGGGCCGAGCUGUUGUUCGGUUUGUUAAAUGGGUAUGAAGAGCUUGAGUCUGACGACGGAGAAGAGGACGAGGACGAGGAAGAAGAAGAAGAAGAAAAGGGAGAAGAAGAUGGUGCCCAAGAGGAAGGAGAUAAAGACGUGGAAAAUUCAAACGGCGACGCUAUGGAAGAAGAUAUACAAGUUAUAGUAGACUCGGACCGUGCCUUCGUCCCGCCUAAAGGCACCGUCGGGCCUAACGUCAACAGCGCGGACUACCUACGCUCCAACCUAACAUAUAGCGACGGGAAGCUAGUCGACUCAUCCCAGAACGGCGUGAUGAUGGCCUGGGAAACAUCCAUCAUGCGCGCCUCCGUCGACGCACUCCUACCCGACCUCCCCGCCGGCCGAAAGAUCCUGAACAUCGGGUUCGGCAUGGGCAUCGUCGACGGCAUGUUCGCCGAGACGCGCCCGGCAAAGCACCACAUCAUCGAGGCGCACCCAGCCGUCCUCGAGCACAUCAGCAGCAGCUCGGACUCCAAGUUCGGCAAAGAAUGGGAGGCCAGCGGUCCGGCCGAAGGCGCAUUCAAAGUCCACGGCGGCAAAUGGCAAGAAGUGGUCCCCAAGCUACUAGAGCAGGGCGAAACGUACGACGCCAUCUAUUUCGACACGUUUGGCGAGGACUACAGCCAGCUGCGCAUGUUCUUUACCGAGUACGUGCCCGGGUUAUUAGAAGAGCAAGGUAGGUUUGGAUUCUUCAACGGUCUAGGCGCCGAUCGGAAGAUAUGCUACGACGUCUAUACGCAAGUAGUCGAGAUGCAUCUUAGCGACGCAGGCAUGGAUGUAGAGUGGCAGGAAUUAGAUGUGGACAUGAAAGAUUUAGGUAAAGAGGGAGAAGGGGAAUGGCAAGGCGUCAAAAGACGUUAUUGGACUCUAGACAAGUAUCGACUACCGACCUGCACCCUACUGGGCUGAACUCCGUGCCACAUUUUCUAGUCCCGUAGCCAGACACCAAUUAUUUUUUUUUUUUUUUUUU